AUGUUGGAAAUUAUGAAUGAACCCACAAGUUCGUCUUCUUCCGAAUGUUCCUUACCUGUCAUAAAUUCAAUGAAGGAUUGCGAAGUCUGCGGUUUGCCGGCUCAUGGAAAACACUAUGGAGCCAUCAGCUGUAGAGCGUGUGCUGCAUUUUUUCGACGUUACGGAACUUCGGGACAUGUGAAACCUUGUAAAACAGGUGGAAACUGUGUGGUACGCAAAAAAGGAUGGUUCAAUUGUAAAAAGUGUCGGCUUGAGAAAUGUAAAAACGUAGGAAUGAAAAUUGAUGGUUUCCAAUUUGGUCGAGAUCCGGAAAGAGUUCAAAGAGGGUUUCUAGAUAAUAUUCCUGCGUCCAUGGCAACAUUUUUGGGUCGGCCGAAUUUCAUAAUUUAUUGUGCACCUGCUCACGACCCUGAUUACACCCCACCAAGGGUUAUAAUCGAUGUCCAGUUUCUCCUAGAUAAAGCGGAAGACUUGCUGCACGAGGGCUCUUGGUCUCCAGUUUUUGCACUUAAUCCACUUGAAAAACUUGCUCUCGGGCUUCAACACAUUCGGAGUGUAGUGGGAAAAGGGUUGAAGGCGUUUCAUAAGAUUGGAAAAGAAGAAGCACUGACACUUUUUGAAGAUGAGUUGCUGAGGACUGCAAAGUGGUUAACCUAUUUUGAUGAUUUCCAAAGGUUGCCACAAAAAUUGCAGCUAGACAUGCUCGAAGGAAUAUUCAAAGUGUGGACACGACUAGACAAGCUACAUCUCACAGCUAGGGGUCGAAGACAAAAUCUAUGUGAGAGAUGGCAAGUGAUGGGUCAUAUAAAUAAAGAGCAAGUAUUAUGCGAUAUGAAGAAGCUAGAACUUGAUAUAUCAUGGUGCUCAAGAUACACAGUUGAGCAGUUGAGUUUUUUCAACGAUCCCAGCUCUGAAUGCCGUGGUGAACAAGUUGUGCAGAUGAUGAUAGACCUGAAUCCCACCGACGUUGAGCUAGCAUUCAUGAUGUGCCAGCUUAGUUUCUAUUACGUUGGCAAACGAUUUCAAGGAGUUAUUCUAGAAGUUUCCGAUCGAAUUCUAGACUCAAUAUCCAAUUAUUUACACGAUUAUUAUGUUAGGAGGCUGAACAUGCCGCAGUACAGUAAGCGGGUUGCCCAAAUGAUGAAGAUCAAUAACCAUAUUCAGCAAGAUGUUGUUAUUGAACGAUCGAAAAAUGAGCUGUUGAGUGUGUUUGAUGUGUAUUAUGCAGAAUAUUCUCAUGACAUUUUUAGAACCGUUUGA